UCCCUAUCAAAAGAAAAAACCCCUCUUUCUUUUCUCACUACAUUUUCCCUUCCUUCCUAUUCUGCAAAACCAAUCCUACUCCUACUGUAUACUCUCACUGUCCAGAAUACCAUGCAAAGAUUAAUGCAAUCAUAAGUCACUCAACCAGCAUAUAAUCAGAACUACAUCCCCUUUCACUGACACCCACUCUUUAUCCAUCUAAAUGUUUCUGAGCUCAAAUUUUUCUCCAAUGACAACUAAUGAAGCUACAGCUUUCCCAGAUCUAUCCUUACAGAUCAGUCCUCCAUUUGCAGCGGAUGAGUAUAACAUGACAGGUUGUAUCAUCAAAAGGCCACCCUCCACGUCAAGCAGCAGCAGCGAUUUAAGCCAAGAAAACACCUUCAACCAUCACCACUACCAACAGCUUAUAGCAGCAGAUAUGGAUGGUUUUGUUAACCAUGGUUUGCAGUUUGAUCAGCAGCAGCCUCAGCUGACCUUGGGGCUUGAGAUGGGAGCUUUGAAUCAUUGUCAUCCCAACCACCAUUAUCAUCCACGUGGACCACGUCAAAUCAACUCCCACUAUUUCAAGAGAAGCUCGAGGAUGGUUAACAGUGUCAGAAGGGGCGCUAGAGCUCCUCGUAUGAGAUGGACCUCGUCCUUACACGCCCACUUCAUACAUGCCGUUCAGCUCCUUGGUGGUCAUGAAAGAGCAACCCCAAAAUCAGUGCAAGAGUUGAUGAAUGUGAAGGAUCUAACCCUAGCUCAUGUGAAGAGUCACUUGCAGAUGUACAGGACAGUGAAGAGCACUGACAGAGGAGGAGCAGUUGCACUGACAGAUACUCAAGUAAUUAAUCCAAGGGCUCCAAUCUCAUUGUUUGAAGUAGAGGGAGAUAUAUCACCAUCUACUACACUGAAUAUAUCUCAAAGGAGAUCCUUUAAAUCGUCUUUGGAAACGAAUGAUUUGAGUUACACAAUGAAAAAAAAUGUAUCAAGUGAUUGCCCGAUAUCCAUUGACACUAGUGAGGCGGAUGAUGAGCAUGAGGUAACCCUAAGUUUGUCGAAAAAGAUUAAGAAGUUAGAAAAUAAUCGAAGUUAUUCGUCAUCAGAAAGACUGUCGAACCACCACCUACCGUCGUUGGACCGCCACUCGUCGUCGUCGGAGUGUUACCGCAUGCAUCGAAUAUUCGUGAAAUGUCGCUACGAACCACCUCUAAUCAUCUAUUCUCUUCGUAAACCAGCUCCCUCUUUCGCUCAUCUUCUUCCACCGGAAAGGUACCCCGCUGGAAACUACCUUGUCGGAAAUCACCUCCUUCUCAUCUCCUAUCCGGUCUCGUUUUCAUCACCGGAUCUGGUUUCAUCCACCAUUACGAGUCACCGGAUCUGGAUUUGA